UACACAUAAAAUAAAAAGAAGUCGAAAAUAAAGAAAGAAAUAUGCCAGCUUUAACUAAGCUGGUAUGAAGUCGCAUUCAUUUCUGAGUUCCAGCGGUUACAUUAGAUGCUUCCACUUCACUACUUCACCUUCCACACCUUUUUUAUCUGUCUUAAUUCUUAAGUACCACCUACUCUUAGCUCUCAUAUAAACUAAAUUAUACCACAUUUCUUCACUUUUAUCAACUACAAAAAUUAAUUUUAGAGAGAAAAAAAAUUAAACCCAGAUCUUUGUAAACUUGCUGAAAAUUAUGGCUUCUAAGCUUGUUAUAAUUGCCAUUAUUGUUCUUGAUGUCAUUGCUUUUGGUCUUGCUGUUGCUGCUGAACAAAGACGAAGCACUGCCCAUAUUGUAACUGAUCCGGACGCAGACUACAAGUACUGUCAGUAUAAUUCAGACAUCGCCACAGGAUAUGGGAUCGGUGCAUUUUUCUGCCUUCUGGCUGGCCAAGCGAUUGCCAUGGCAGCAACCAAAUGCUUCUGCUGUGGUCAGGCUCUCGGUCCAGGAGGAUCAAGGGCUUGUGCUAUCAUGCUUUUCAUCGUGUGCUGGUUGACAUUCUUCAUUGCGGAGAUAUGCUUAUUGGCGGGUUCUGCAAGAAAUGCCUACCAUACAAAAUACAGGUCCUUCUAUGAAGACCGAGCCCCAUCAUGUGAAACUUUAAGAAAAGGAGUCUUUGCAGCCGGAGCUGCAUUCACUUUCUUCACUGCCAUCGUUUCUAAUUUCUACUAUGUUUUCUACUCAAAAGCUAAGGGCACCUUCAGACCAUAAGGCACAGUACAUAUCAUCAGUAUAGUCCCUCAAAUUCCAAGGAGAACACACUAUGAUGAAUUGGGGUUUUCAUUGAUGUGCUCACAAGAACUAUUUUUUGGCCAUUAAUCUUGAUUUUAGAAACUCUUACAAGUAGCAGAUGUCACGUAUUCAAUGUUUGUGUGUUGGUUGUGUAUUUGUCCGAUUGUUUUGUUAGAUUUUUGCUGAUUUGUGAGAGAGAAACAUAUAAUAGAUGGUUCCUGUCAUUGUAAUGUCCCGAUUCUUUGGUUAGUGUGACUUGAAUAUGAAUAAUUGCUAUAGUUUUUGGCGA